GGGCUAUGUGGGAGGGAAGGGUUAGAUAGAUAGAUCUUAGAGCAGGAUAAAAUGUCAGCACAACAUUGUGGGCCGAAGGGCCUGUACUAUGCUGUAGUGUUCUAUAUUCUAAACAAUGGAGCCACAGUCAGGCUGCUGGAGGAACUCAGCUAGUCGAGCAGCAUCUGCGGAGGGGGAAAGACUUGUCUGGCAGCUGCAGUCUCUUGUCCCUCUGAACAAUGAAGCAUACGGCAGACCUCGAGAUCCCAAUGCCCACAGCUCCCUCCGUCUGAGGACUGAACCGGGGUAUCGGUAUUGGUUUAUUAUUGUCACUUGUACUGAGGUACAGUGAAAAACUUGUCUUGCAUACCGAUCGUACAGGUCAAUUCAUUACACAGUGCAGUUACAUUGAGUUAGUACAGAGUGCAUUGAUGUAGUACGGGUAAAGACAAUAACAGUACAGAGUAAAGUGUCACAGCUACAGAGAAAGUGCAGUGCAAUAAGGUGCAAGGUCACAACAAGGUAGAUUGUGAGGUCAGAGUCCAUCUCAUUGUAUAAGGGAACCGUUCAAUAGUCUUAUCACAGUGGGGUAGAAGCUGUCCUUAAGUCUGGUGGUACGUGCCCUCAGGCUCCUGUAUCUUCCACCCGAUGGAAGAGGAGAGAAGAGAGAAUGUCCUGGGUGGGUGGGGUCUUUGAUUAUUCUGGCUGCUUCACCAAGACAAUAAGAGUCCAAGGAGGGGAGGCUGGUGUCCGUGAUGCGCGGUCACUCGAACUGUGAGGCACCCACCCCACCAGUGGUACCUGAACCCAUAGGCCCACACAACCCACGUCUUCCCUUCCUAGAAUUGUUGCAGCGCAAAAGGCCUUUCAGCCCAUCGAGUCCGUGCCAGCCCCUAUUGUAGAGCGAUUCUGUCGACCCAUUGCCUCCACCUCGCUCUUUCCCCACAACCCUGCCGGCGAUUUUCCCUCCAGCUGAUCCCAUUCCCUCUACCUGACUGUUCCCACCACCCUUACAGGCAGCCAGCCCUGGCCCAUAAGUACUCCCCGCACUAAAAGAAUUCUUCCUCAAAACAUCCCCCUCUGUAUCACUUUAAAUCUGCACCCCCCGGUCCUUGAACCGUCGCCAAUGGUGUCAGCUUCCCGGUCUAACCCCGUCCUGAUCUCGCCCGUCUCCAUCUAACCUCUCAUCCCCCCUAACCCUGGAGCUAAAACCUCCCUACCGCCCUCCAAGUAAAUCUCUCCUGCGACGCUCCACAGCUCAAGUGGAUACAGAACGGAGCUUCAUACAAUUGAAGAAACUCUCGGCGAAGCCCUGGUCCCGUCACACAGAGGCACAGCCAGCUCCCACCGCUCCCGCUCAGUCCUUGUACACACUAACUCCGGGUCUGUCUCCCAAACUGAAACCCCGCAGCCUUCGCGUUGUUCCAGUAAAAUCUCUUUAAGUCGUCCGGGGACACAAGAGAUUGCAGAUGCUGGAAUCCGGAGCGAGAAAAAAAACCCAAAACUAUUGGAGGGUUUUAAUUUGCAAUCCUCGGCGAGAAUUUCCUAUCUUUCCCGUAAGCGAUGGAACCAAAACUGGACGCAUUGCCCUCCGGGCUGUCUGAGUUCCCCAACGCUCCGGACGUUGCAGGGUGCAGACGUGCAACAAGCAGACAUCGCCGCUUUAAUUCUGCGGGUGACAAGGGAGCAUGUGACAGGGGAAUGGAGGGAGGGGGGAGGGUUUUGAGGAGCUGGUCAUAUGAUCAGCUACACGGAAUCAAAACAAACCGAGCAGCCAAACUGAAGCAGGAGCUGUCGGAGGGAGAGGCGAGUCUGUGGCUGCAGGUAGCGGCAGGGUCGCUUGUCACCUGCUGCAAAAUCCUUUUGUAAACCGGAGAUAAUCUGUUACUGGAUCGGUGUCGCUGAAAUCAUUUAACUGGUGGUGUGGAGGAAAGGGCAGAAAUGAUGCUGUGCCGGGCGAUGAGCUGGUGGCUGGCACUGUCCCUGACUGACUGAUCGAUGAACCCAGUCCCGAGUUGUGAUCGUUCCAAGACGGCCAGGCCGCUGCACCGUGCUCGGAUGAAGACGUUGGCUGCUCCUGAAUGGGACGGACUUGAGCUCGAAGUUACUUACAUCACCGCGAUCCUCCUGUUGUCGGUCGGUAGUUGCCAUUGAGAAGGAUUUUGUGCCAGCUGACCGGGGUGCCUGUCGCCAUUUUGCCCCUGUUCCGUGGCACCAACUCUCGGCUCGGUCAUGCCACAGCCCAAUGCCUGUGGGAUGGAACCUGCGUUUGGGGAUGCUUUUAGAAGCUGCUGCACGUGUUACUCCUCUGAUCAAACUGUUGCAAGUCCGGACAGCAGCCCAGACUCCGGCUUCCUGUAUGAACAGGGACGCCAGUUGGCUUAUACUAACAGCUCCAGGAAUGAUCUGCUGAGUCUGAACUUGUACAGGAGCCCAAUGAAGGAGAACAUCGAGCUCCUGAGUGACCUGGUGGACGAUGAGCCGUCUGACAGCACCAGAUGUGAGCGCUGGGAUGUGUCGGCUCUCGAAGACUUCACCAAGUACACCAAGGCUGACCUUUGGAACAAUAAAGAGUUGGACUUGCUGGGCUUGGACGAGAACACAAGUCCUUACCAAAACGAGGCCAGGGUUUCUCAGACACCAACGCUGGCUGAACUGAAUGCGGAUGACUCUCAGCAGGUGGGUGACUCCUGGUGUCUGCUACGGACAGCAAGGGAAGCUUCUCCAUUCUCCGGCAGGUUGGACACUGCUGGUAGAGCCACAGAGGCCUCCAAGAAAUCCAACUCGAUGGAUUCUUUAAUGGAUUCUGACUUCCACUCAGACGGUGGUAUGUUUUUUCAGAGAAGAGAAGACCAACUUGGCCACUUGAAGAGCAUCGUGCCCAGUAACAACAUAACGGGCCCCAGAAAUGUCGAAGUGCCCCCCAAAUCUGGGAAUCGCCUCCUCCCUCACCAAACGGCUCAUCCCAGGGCCCCUGCAGAUGCUGCGUCCGGCCCGGAAGAAGAAGCCACUCGUGACCGAACAGGACCAAGCUCCUGGAAGCAGCCCAAGCGAUCGGUGGCCGCUGAGCAGAGGGAGAUGGGGAUGGAGAAAGCCAGCAUUAACAAGGGAGGUGGCCAAAUCUACCAGCCUCCCUUCCCUGCCUGGCGGGCAAUUGUGGAGCCUGCUCCAGAGGCCGGAGCUGAACUGAAGUACGAGGAGCACAACUACUCCCUGUUCAGCGCGGAGGGUCUGGGAUUGCAUCAGAGUGAAGACCGACCAGAGGCCGAGGAUGGUUCGGACUCCGAGCAGGACGAUAGUGAGAAUGAAGAUGAGGAGGAGGAAGACUAUGAUGAAGAUAAAGAUGACUUCAGUGAUUACCUUUCUGAAGCAGGAAACGAGCAUGAGGUUUCUGCUGACGUUGCCUCGGAAACGGGCGUUAGGAGACUGAAGCGCCGUUACUUCUGGGAGUACAGCGACAGCCACGCCACGCCCAGCAAGCAGGAGCGUAUCCUGCAGCCUUCGGAGUGGGACUCCUCAACGUUACCCAGUAACGUCUACCAAAAGGAGAAUGGGGUCGGACAAGGGCGGAGAUUGGCGAAAAAGUCCCGCCGCACGGAUGUCGACGACUUAACUCCGAACCCACGCAAGCUGCUCCACAUCGGAGAGGAACUGAAGAAGCUGAACAAGGUAAUUGAUGACCUAAGACCAGUGAGUGAACUGCCGAUGAACGCCAGACCCCGGUCCAGAAAGGAGAAAAAUAAACUGGCCUCUAGGGCCUGCAGGUUAAAGAAGAAAGCACAGCACGAGGCAAACAAAAUCAAACUGUGGGGCCUGAACACCGAGCACGAUAACUUGCUCCAGGUCAUUGUGGCGAUCAAGCGACAGAUUAUGCAGCGGGCGGAGAGCAGCGGUGGGACAGAGGAAGAGAGCAUGAUGGAAAAGCUGCAGAAGCUGCUGCAAGGCUCCGUCGGGCGAUCAGUGGCAGGGCAAAUGUCUGAGUUCGUGAGCGAGGUCCUGGAGAAGGCGUCGGCGGGAGAAGCAGCCAGCAGCCUGAGCUGACAAGUGCCGCACUCCGUCCCGAACCUGUGCUUCGACAACAGGAUCUAGUUGAACAGCAGCAGGGCAGAGAUUUGGUUGUCAGCGAAGAGGAGCUACCUCACCCCCAGUGUCCAUCUACUUGCUGCCUGUCAUUUUCUUUUUUCAGUAGGAGGGGUGGGGAUGUUUGAGUGGAUUGGCAUUCCCCUCCGGAUAACCCUGCUUCUCUUCCCCCCCCCCCCCCCCCCCCCCAACACUCCUCUCUUUUAACCCCUCCAGGAGGACUUGGCAAGGAGCUAGCCAGAGAACCCGGGAUGGUUGUGGGGUAGGCAUGACAUCCACACGAGUAAGCAGCAGAACUGAGAGCUGGUGGUUUGGUACGGACAACACAGCCAGCUGUUUGAGUGGAUUGUCUUGGCAAAAGGUGGUGAGGAAUCCUUCUGCACAGUGGUCGCUCUGACAUACAAUGAGGAAAGUUCUCCUGGGUGCAUUUGCUUUUGAAAUAUUCCAGCUCCAGUGGUAAACCCUCCAAAUGUGUCAACUUCCUCUGGACUCGUUUCCCAGUUGUUCUAAUUUAUUUGCUAUUGCUUUUUUUGGUAUGUUUUUUUUAAAUGAAAUCCCUCCAAAAUACCAUCUUUGAAUGACAGGAGCAAAGCAUUUCUGGAGCAGGAUUUCGAAAAGGGAGGGUGUGGGUUGUGACAGUGAGACGUGUUCACUCUGUCCAAUCCCGGAGACCUCCUGCGGAGGGAAGCUGGUCUGUAGAUUCCGAUGGUCGGGAUUUAUUCAGUGAUACUGUGAACUGGGAAAUGCUGCAACAUUCACUGUGGUCUCUCUUUACUAUUUUAUACAUGAGCACUUUAAUUUUAUAGAAAAAGAAAUCACUGUUACAGGUGUUAGGUGACUGACUGUUUUUUUUGUGUGUGGGUGGGGUAGGGUGAGACUGAGUGAUGUUUAGCAACUGACAAUUGAUGGCUGUAGAAGUGGGAGAUGGGCUGUGGUGUUCCAAGGCAGGGAGGUGUGAGCCAGGUGUGUAUUGUUCAAGGUUGUUCUAUCCAGCUGCAGUGUGUUUUACCUGAGAACCUAGAAAACUGACCAAGGGAUUGAGAGUAACCGAGAACCACUUGUCCGAAAUGCCGUGGAUUGUUUGCAUUUUUUGUCCCUGUUUUCCAAGACCUCGGUCAACAGUAGUUGGAGAAGGUCCUGGCUUCUCUUCGUGGUGCCAGGUUCCUGAUCCCAUGACUCGGUUGAGGGAAGCGAGGAGAGUGGUUCUACCCCUUCAGGCAGUGGUGAGCUUUGUGUUUGAGGGGUCGGGGGAAUGGCACAGGAAAGGUUGCUGUUCCCGAUGCAUUGCCCAGCCUCUGUGUAUGGGGAAGACUGAGAACGACCUCGGGUGCUGAUGGGGUCUCCUCCCUGAGGUCUGAGAAAGGCAUCUAACUGGGAUGGGGGACAGUGUUGGAUCUGGGGAACCACCAAUGGAAAUGGGAUAGGGAAGGUUAGAGAUUAAUGUUGAAAACCUGCACACAGUGGCUACCUCCUAGAUUGCUCGAAGCUCGGGGGUGAUGCGUCAGUGAAUCACUUGGUGGGGGUGUUCAGCCUGAUGCUGAAGAGGGAGGCGUGUAGUUCUUACCCACUUGGGACGGGGACAGGUGUCCAUUGUGAUCCUGGCUGCAGAGUGGGACUUGGUUUACCGCGAGUAACAGCCCACGGAAGGUGUGGGGAGUUUCACUCCGGCCUUGGCCGUUGUGCCUCCACCCGAGGAGAUGGAGCGGUGACCUGCGGUGCCUUCCACGCGGAGGUGACAUAAUGUCUGAGCUUCACUCUGUUUCUUCCCACUCUCGAACCCUUCACUGGGAGACAGCAUGUCGGUGACUUUGGACUCCUUGUUGAGUGUGAUUGGAAACCUCAGACACGUCGGAGGUGACGUGAAUAAGGGGAAGGAUCUCCCCUCCUGCGAGGAUCUCGACCUCUGUUUCUGAAGGAGAUGACAGGCUGUCGCGUGCUGCCAUUUGAUGGGUCCGAAUCAUUGCUGCUCGUGCUUUCCCAUUGGCUACUCGUCAGGGGAGGUGAAUCGUCGGGUGGUGUCCCCCAUCAAUACUCCCCACUUACCCUACAGGAAGCAACUGAGGAUGGAUCCAGUGUAAAAAAAAAUUAUCGCUCUCCACCAGCUGCUUUUAGAACCUCUAGCUUAUUUGCAAAAGGACACCUAUAUUGAAUGCGGUGGACAGGUGCAGUCUACUCCUCCCCUACUGACAUGCACAGGGAAACAGGCUGUUCUCUCCCACACUUGUCCCUCAUCUGUGGUCGCUCCCUCCCCCUGGCUGCAUGGACCGUAUACAACACACUGAGUGACCUUCCUGGUUCCUGCUUCACCCUCUGAUGGAGAAAACCUAUCCCCUCCCACUCUCUUCAAUCGAUAUCCUGGGAAUAAAGAUGUGUGACAUUGGGAGGCUUCAGUGAGCGGCUGCUGAAACCUUCCUGAAGAUCUCGGAAGGAUCAGAUUGAAGGAAGAUGACAAGGAGCCAUCCGGUGGAGUUUAUGAAAUGGGACAGAAAAUGCUUGAAAUAUCCGGGCAGCAUUGGUGCAGAGGGACAGUUAAUGUGGAAGACUGGUCCGUGAGAUUGGUUCUGAAGGGUCACUGACCUGAAACAUUGACUCUUCUCUCUCCACAGAUGCUGCCUGACCCGUUGAGUAUGUCCAGUGUUUUCUGAUUUGUUUCAGAUGUCCUGCAGGACUUUGCUCUUUAGUUGUCUGACUUAGAGGUUCAGUUAAGCAGAUCUUUAGUUUCCAGGCUACCAGUGACAUUCAGGAAUCCCAUCUCCUCGUUAGUAGAACCCUUUCCCUGAAACCACAUGGCCCAAACUUUGGAAGUGAGGAAAGCCUUUGUCCAAGCUCUUCCUUCAUUUUCUGCCAGGAGAGGGAGAGUCAGCGAUCAGAGAUGUGUAGCAUUGAUCUAAAUGGGACGUGUCGUGUCCAUUGUGACUGCCCUUUACUAGUUGGUCACUGAGUGGGGCUGGUGUUUCCCUCAGAGCCAGUGAUGGGAAUGAAGGAAGCAGACCCUUUGAUGUUUGGUUCCAGUGCACGGCACAAACUGCUCUGAAGGGGGAGUAUCCUCUGGGUCCCUCGCCAGCGAGAGCACUCACCCCCAUUUCACAGUAAAGUCUGGUUUUCUUUUGAAAUGGAACUGGUCCCUUUUUUUGUUUUAAAUAAGCUAGUGUGGCACUUUUCAAAUAUAGUCUAGUUUGGGCGAUUCUCAAUCCUGUGCCACUUUGAGUUGUUUUCUGUGUGACCCCAGAAGUGGGGCUCUGUGGAGACCUUUCAAAUCCAGUUCAUGCUCUGACCCUUGCCCAACAGCCCCCCUCAUUUGUACCCCCAACUCCCUGGUCACCCCGAGGACCAUUCCCAGGAGGCUUGAGUGAGCAUCUGUUCAGAGACCUAGGGUUCUCAUUGGUGCAAUAUAUCCACCUCUUGUGACACAGGAGGCCAUUUGGCCCACGGAGCAUUCUCAUCUGUCCCAUUCCCCCCAGUUAUUUUUUCCCGGUAGCACUUUCUCUGUCUUGCAUUAGUGUCUCUCCACUUGGAGCAACUUGCAGUAAAAGGUUAUUCCAUGUCUUUGGGACGUGGGAGUUAACUCGGGGGAAACCCACGUGGUCACGGGGAGAAUGUGCAAACUCCACACACACACACAGCGCCCCGAGGUCAGGAUUGAACCCGGGUCUCUGGAGCUGUGAGGCAGUGGUUCUACACCAUGCGCCACCCGGCCGUCCUGGUAAGGGAGGCAGCCGUGUAGGGUUCGUGGGGCUGCAUCAAGAUGAAGCACGCUCCGUUGUUUCUGCAGGGAUUGUUCAGACUCAUUGUCCUGGUCAAUCAGGGCUGCUUGUUGGAUAACGCCACUCAAACCAGCCAGUCUAUUCCCCUUCAAAGUGUGUUGAAUUAUUAUCAGAUUUGCAUUGUUCACUUAUCAAGAACUAUUGUGGUAAAGGCAUUACUAGAGUUACUGAUGGAAUAGUUUUUUUUGAGUAGGGAAUAAUUUGAAGGCACAGUUGCACGUGAGCAGCACGGUGACUGACCUCGCAUUGUGCCUGGCUCUGACUGAAGCGUGCUUGUUUCACAAGCCCUGGAGGCUGCACCUGUUGCUCUGCCUGUUAUCUUUUCACUGCGUACAACUACAAUGCUGCCUCUUGUUUUUUGGUGGAGGGUGGGAGGGGGGGUGGAGAUGGGCCUUGACCGCAUGAACCUGGACUGAAGCUGGCUUGGCCACACUGUGCCGUUCCUUCCAGUGUCCCAUUGGACAGCAGGCUCUAACACAGUGCUGAUGGGCCGAAUGGCUCUCAACAGCCUUAAAGCCCCGCCUGUACAGUCCUGUGGUCGAGAUGUUCGGUGCUCCCUAUGUUGGGGAAGGACUGGUCUGGGUUAUAACCAGGCUAAUAUGUUUUAUAAUCUAUUGGGGCCAAAGCACUCAGAUAAUCAGAAGAAUUCUCUUAAUGGAAAAGAAUGUAUUUAGCACCUAGUAUUGUAAAGUUGUAGAACUUGUAUUGCUGACUCUGAGCACUUUAAUAAGCAAGUUAUUGUAGUUCAUGCAGAGCCUAAAGAUAGUCAAUGUCUACAGUUCAUGGCUUUGAUAUAUUCUAAUAUAUAAAUUUAUAUUUGAAAACACAAGGUAUGCCUUUUGAGUGAAGGGGAGCUGUAGGCUGUGAACAGAAUGUAAUACUUGAAGUCAUGGUUCUAAAGCUGGCUCUUUCUGUUAUUAACUCAGCACUGGUGUGUAUGAUUUCAUUAAGUGUCAAUGGCCAACUUUCCUGGACUUUGCAAAGCCUCCCUGUUCUCUUAUCAGGAGAGCUGGAGUUGUGGGUGAGGGUCAGGGGUCUUGGUCUGGAACGUGAACUGCUUUGACCUCCCAAGCCACCAGUGGGUUUCUCCUGAGUUGUAACGUUUAACAUUUUCAUUACCAAUGGGACCCAAAGUGUUGACACUGCAUCCCCAUCCCUGGGUCGAUGGGAUUUGUCCACCUGACUAGACUCAUUCAUGGCCUCCAAAUCGAUGUGUGUAGUUAUGGGAACGUGUUGAUCAUGGUGCACUCACACAUGUCCUGCAGUGAGAGCAAGGGAGGUGUCUCCAUGUUCCAAUGUCAAAUCUGUUGCAGAAUGCAUUGGCCUUCAAAGACCAGGAGCCAUUGCCAUCUCACUGUUUCUCAGCUCUCUGGGAUAAUGACUGGUGUGUUCGAUUUGGUUGGAGCAGAGUAUAAUUUUUGGCCAAGGCGGCCUCUGGUCUCCAUCUCGGCUAAUGUUGAGUGCUAAUGCAAACAGCUCUCCAGUGUAAGACCCAAGCCCUUGACCUUGCCCUGAAUGAGCAGCCAGAGAGAAAUUCUAAAACAUUGCCCCAAUUUCUGGCCAAGCCCCUGAGCUGUGUGAAGGACAGUUCCCAGCUGGUGACUGUCAGGCAGGAAGUGCCCGCUGACAUUCUGUUCAAGCCCUCCGUGCCCAGCAAAGUCCCCUGGAGAAUGCAGUCUGAAUUUAACAACCUGAUGGCUAUCGAGCUUGACGAGAUUCCUCGAGAAUAAGCACCUUGUUUUUAAGCAUAGAUCAGAGGGGGUAGACCCACCCUGCAUGGCAUUGGUGGAUGUGAAUUUCUGGAAGUCCCAUACCAUGGUCAUGAGAAUUGCAAGCUUGCUGGAUUUUGAGGUUUCUUCCCCUUGGUAUCUCUUUUAGUUACGAGCUGUAAUCUUGGAGGCCUGGUGUGUGUUUGACAGUGUUAAUGUGCCAACAUAACUAUGCCAAGCAUGGGUACCCCACAGACAAUGCUGAUUUGCUGGUGUUGGGUAGGAGGAGAGGGGCAUGAGGGGGAGCUGGGUGCUUUGUCAACACUUGCUUUGGAUGUGGCAUUGAGAGCAGUCGGGCUGCCAAAGGUAGAGGGGUGGUGAGAGGGUGGCAGUGGUAAAGACUUAUUUUCUUAUCAUUAGACAACUUGAGAAGCUCUAAUCUCCAGUCUACAGCCCUGCUGGUAAAUGGUAACAGGAACCAUUGCAAUCCCGGAGAAGUUGGCCAUUUAUUAUUGAAAGCUGCUACACUGUUCUAUGCUUGUUAUGCAAGUGUCAUAUGUAUAUUCAGAGGUCUUCUUUCUUGUCUCUGGCUAAUGAGUACUGUAAACUACUUUGAAUGUGCAGUAAAUCUAUUGUUAAGAGUACACUUUAGUUGUCUGGAUAAGUCUGGUCUGAAUUUUCAUCAGAAAUUUGAAAUUGUAGUGUGUAUAUUCUAUAUAUAAAACAUCAUUUCUUGCCAUGGUUACUUACAGCUGGGCUCAGUGGGUUUUUGUGGCUGCUAAUUUUUAAAGUGUAGAAGUGACCCUUUCUCAAGGUGAGGUCUGAUCUUUGGAGAAGUUGGUUUCUGUUGCCCAGGGUUUUGCCUCCUUCCUUGUCUCCCCUCCUUUCGCUGUAUUCAUUCUAAAGUUGUGCCCUUGAACUAUGGGAUUGCAGUGCCUUGCCUUUUUCCUUCAUCCUUCCCAGAUCAUCUCCCCAUUCCCCUUCCUACCCACCCCCAAACACAUUUUUAAUUGCCCCUCCUCCCCGGUGUGUGACCUCGUGGUCACCCAUCACCCUCUCACAGCCCAGCCAAUGGGCCAUAUUUGGUGGCUGAGACUAUCCAAUGGGUGUCACUGGCUCAGAGGUUGUCCUGGGCCACAGCUGGGUUACCACUGGAGCUGGGACCCAUUUUGUCAGGUAUUAUGAAACUCCCGGAGCAGACCCUGUUCCCAGCCCUUCCUCCCCCAGCUGUGUUUCUGACAGAGAUCCGAUGGGAACGGAACAAUUGGUCACCAGCUUCUGCCGUGCACUUCCAGCUGAACUUUUCCGCAUUGUGAAGAAGUUCUGGGGUGUCGCCUGCCCAGAAUGCAAUGCAAGGUUUUGGUGUCUUGGGCUCCACAUUCUAAUUAAAGUGCUAUAUAUUCUUGUUUCCAGUUGACUGGGUCAGAAGGAUGGGCCAGUUGCUGACUGAAUGUAGGAUCGUGAGAUCCAUGCAGAACUAGGCUGUUUCAUUCCAGUCUGGCAGAUGAGAAGCAGUGGUCGGGGUGAAGCGAGGUUCUGGGUGGUCGUUGCCUUGUUAGGAUUGCUCCCUUGCUUCUGCACUAGAGCUCCACGUCCAUCCAACAAGCCCCAACUUUUUGCAUUACACAUCAUUACUGGUGAAGGAUAACUGGAUGAUAGUUUUUGCUUCAGAGCUCGGUUUGAGCUAAGGUGAGACACAGUGAAGUCUCCCAAAAUGAAGGUUGGAAUCCUCGGAGGAGUUCUGGUUCUGUUUUAUUUGUUUCCUGUUCUAGAAUCUGUGCUCCACCACCAACUGUUCUCCUCGGCCCCACAACGUCAUUAACCAGCUCUGUGCUCCGGACUCUGUCCGUGCGAGAGUGCAGAUGUGUGGGUGAGCUAAAACAAAAUAGACCCAUUGCACCCUACCAGGCCAGAGACCUUCGACCUGCUCCGGUCUCUAGCCCUUGGCAUUUUUUUUUAUUAAAGAACUGGUGUCCGUCCCGUUGGCAAGGCGGGAGGUGUCGGCAGGGUUUCUUUUGCUUCCAGAAGCCAUGCGUUGUCUGCAGGGGAGGGAGAAUGAGAGAUCUACCCAUGAGCUGGUCUUUAGGUGAGUGGCAGCACCAUAAAUGUGACUCCCUCCCUGGCUGCUCCCUUUCAGGAGAGGGUGAGGUUGGUCAGCGGUGUCGUGGAUGGGGAAGGAGCACUGAGUUGUUUGUUCCUGCUCCUCGGAGCCUCCCUGCCCAACCUUGGAGCAGGCACAGAGACACUAGCUGUUCCCCUCAGUAACAUGCACUGUGGGUCCAUUCAUGGUUUCUCUGAAACAAGCCCACAGCUCCCUCAGCCCAGCUGUAACACAUUGUGCUGAUGGCGAGACCAGGCAGUGAACUCUCUCGGUAAAGCUGACGGAACCAAAUAGAUGUUGUUGAUGCAUUAAAUAUACUGACUUGUAACAGGGGAGGGGGAGGAGGAGGAGGUGUCAGGGGAAGGUCUCAGCACAAUGCACCAGUGUUGACGUCCCACAACAGCCAGGGAUGCUACGACAAGAUUAUAUGGGGAGGAGAAACUACAGGUGGGUGAUGGUGGACACUGUGAGAGUUACCUAGAAUGUGUGGGCAGUGUUUAUUGCCAUGAGUCCCUCCUGAGGUAACGUUCUGGCCCAGAAAUGAGCCGUGACAAAGGUUCUGCCCCCUCCAGCGGAUGGCCUCCCUCCUGCUUCUGUUACAGCACAGGGUGUUCCCUCCCCACUGGCACCCCCUGGGCCAUUACAAUGUUCACACAUCUGGCAGUCCCGAUUUGUCCAGGAGGACAAGGGUGAAGCCCCUUUCCCUCUUGGUUGGAAAAGGGUUGUCUAAUCACAGCUGCAGUUCUUUUAUUAUUUAUGGAACCUGUCUCCGAUGACUUGCUUAAAGGAAAUCCUUCCUUCAGCAUGGUUAAAAUGAGGGCAGAGCUUCUUGCUUCCAUCAGAGGAAUCAUCAGCAAAAGCUCUUCCCCCACCACCAUGGAUAAGGUGUUGCAGAUGUGCAGCUUGCUGGAGACAUGUGGCUGUGCAUUGGCCAGGGACAGUCCCUGGUGUUGAGUAGCUGCAGGCUAGUAUUGGCCCUCUGAACCCCCUCGCCCUCUGACCAUUCACUUCAGUGGGGGGGGGGGGUAAUCCCGAAGAUCCCCUGUGUAAGUGAGGACUGAUUCCAACCCCGAUUUUCCCUUUUGCACACUUCCAUGGGUUUCUAGAGUUUGAACAGGAUGUGAGCCGUGACCGAUGCUGCUGGGAGUUGCUGGGCAGAUAAAUUGCAGCUAUUCACGAGAGCACCUCAGUCAAAAGAGGUGGUUUUUCUUACAGUAAAGCAUUUCAUGGCUUAUUCCCAACUCCUGCCCAAGGCUGAUCGAGAAUUGGUUUUAAUUUAAUUGAGAGUGUGUUGUACAACUUGGGAUCAAAGGUGGUUGGGACCCAGGAUCUCCUGGUUCAAGUGUUCACACCCCCACUAUCGGCUUUUAAGAUUUGCUGGAUUCUGUUUGUUUCCACAGUUAAAGAAAAGUCCUUUUUUGGCAUCUUUAUUUUUAAGAUUUUAUUUAAUUGUUAUAGUUCAAAUCUGUCAAAGACUGUGGAACUUGUUAGAGAGCUCAUUAGAAUUUUGCUAUUUAAAGACAAAGGUCUAUUGUUUCUUGAAUGUGUAACAUUUUUAUUUUGUU